AGACCCCCGUCCGCCCGGAGUUGCGAUCUAUGAACCACGCGGUGGUUAAGGAGAGAGGCGGUGCUAAGCGGUAAAAACAGAGCGGUUGCAUCAUCUCUAUGCGCCGAUGGGAAGGCAAUUCUCCAGCAGGAUGUAUCAUGUCCAAAAUGGGGCCUUCCCGUGUGGGACUUGGUGUGGUAUUGGGAGCAGCAGCAGGAAUAGGUCUUUUCUACUUCUUUUACCAACAGAAGAGGAAAAAGUCUUGGUGGAGAGGGAGCACCAAAGGCCCUAAUGUGCGGAGUCUGCAGAAUGCUCUAGGCUCUCAGGAAUGCAUAGAUAUACAGCCACAUAAUCAAGUUCCACUGAGACAAGGACCAAUAGAGGGUGGUGAUAGCAACCGAUACAUGUCUUUUCUAACACGUGAAGAACAAGUAGAAGUGCUGAACCGUCUGGACUUUGUGCUGAAAAGCCUUAUAGAGCUGCGACAUGAAGUAGAAGAGUUGCGGAAUAGCUUGCAAGGUUUAGCUGGAGAAAUCGUUGGAGAAGUGAGGUCCCAACUAGAAGAUAGCCAGAAGGGUAUUCGAAGGAAACGCUUUGCAUUUUCCAGAGAAAGAAGUGAUUCUGCAGGAUCCAGCUCUAUAUAUUUCACAGCCAGUUCAGGCACAGUGAAUACAGAUGAUGGUGAAAGUGAAGGAGGCUAUACCACAGCCAAUGCAGAGUCCGAUUAUGACCGGGAGUCUGAUAAAGAGAGUGAAGAAGAUGAAAAUAGUUGUGAUACAGUGAGGAAUGCACGGAGGGAUUCCCUGGACCUUGUCAAUGAGGACGAAGCAACAUUGACCUUUGACUCUGCUGUGGAGGAGGAGCUUGGCCAGUUGUUUCAGCAAGCGGAUCAGUUGCACAGUGGGAGUGACCAAGAGAAGAAAGAAGGAUUCCAACUGUUGCUUAACAAUAAACUAGUGUACGGUGACAAACAGGCAUUCCUUUGGCGGCUGGCACGAGCACAUAGUGACAUGUAUGAAAUCACAGACGAUGCAGAAGAGAAGAAAUUCUAUGCAGCUGAUGGGAAAGAGGAGGCAGAAAGGGCUCUGCAGAUGGGAGGUCAAAUUGCCGAAUGUCACCAGUGGUAUGCUGUUCUGUGCGGUCAGUACUCAGAACAUGAAGGUAUACAAAAACGCAUUCAAGCUGGGCACGUGUUCAAGAAACAUGUAGACCAAGCAAUUGCUCUGAAACCAGAUGACCCCAAAUCUUUCUAUCUCCUGGGCCGAUGGUGUUACCAGGUCUCUCAUUUGGGAUGGUUAGAAAGGAAAACUGCUUCUGCUUUGUAUGAAGAACCUCCUGCAGCCACUGUACAAGACGCACUGCAAAAUUUCUUAAAGGCUGAAAACCUGAGUGCUGGUUUUUCAAAAGCAGGCAGGGUAUACAUUGUAAAGUGCUACAGGGAACUGGGAGAUAGCUCUGCGGCUGCUCACUGGUUGACUUUGGCUUCAGAGCUGCCAGUUAUCACAAAAGAGGAUGCAGAAAGUAACAAAGAAAUAGAAGAGAUGCUGGCAGUUUCAGAAGCCUAAGCAAGUUCAAAAUUCCCAUCCAUCUAAUAUAUGUGAUCAGCAAAAGCUCCAGUGUAAAAGGUUUUGCAGUGAUUGCCCUGAUUGAGCUUCAUGAACAAGAUGUGGAAUCCAAAAAGAUUGAAUCCAUUGCAGCUUUAUAAUUCCAUCUUCCAAUAUUCAUACUAGCAAAAGAGUUGUGGUAAAAAAAAAUGUAAUCUUACUCUUUUGUUGCUGUUUUAGACAGUGACAUUCCUUUCUUAAACUGUUCUCAAAGCAGAAUUUACUCAUUGAUUAGGGAUUUUUGCACUUGUUUGAUUUUUGCAUAUUCAACAGCUGAGAGUUUUAUGAAAUACUAAUUGCACAAUUUCUAUAAGGGGAUCAGUAUACCAUUAUUUCAUACAUUAAUUCCAUUUCAGAAAUGAUUACAGAUUAUUCUAGAAAAAUAACUUGGACAAGAGAUGGUGAUGAUUUUAAAAUCACUGGGCACAUAGCACCCUGUUUUUUAAACUUAAAUUGUGCUAGUUGGCUCUUUGUACAUAAACUGUGACAUUAUGGCUUAUGUCCACCUCAAUGUAUAUGUAAACUAAAGAAAGAAAUGGUAAAAUAGAGAUGGGGACAAUUUACACCAUAGUUGAUCAUUAUGGGAAUAAUUUUUGGAAAUGCUUGGGUUUACCCACAGCCUCCCAUUGUACAUAAAUUGGCUUUCAAAAAAAUCAGUUGUUUCAUGCAAUCCAUCAACUGAGCUAGGAUUUCAAGCAUCACCUUAAUCCUGGCUUGAAGACAGAAGAAUACACCAUAGUUUAUGGCUCAGCAUAAUAACCAAUGAUGGUGUCACAAAAAAUGGAAAUCAUUCAUUUCUGUGUUGCCUGCAGGGAGAGGGAGGAGAGAACUCAUGAGCUCUAGGUUUCAACAGCUUGUUCUCAUAAUAACAGACUAGUUUGCUAUGCAUGAGUCAUAUUUUUAGACAUACUGUUUUAUUCAAAAGGGUGGAACAGCUCAGCUUUUCAUUGGGCUAGUGGUUAAUAUCCAGCAGAUUAAAACAUGGAAUUACAUGUAAAAUGUAAACAGGCUAAUAUUUUUGUAAAAAGCCAUAAUUUUACCUGAACCUACAAAACUCUCUGAAAAUACUGCAAAGCACAAGUCAGUCUAUCCUUUCACAUAUUCACCAAGUUGCUUGUGAAUUUUGUUACUCCAUGAGUGCUCUACUGCUUGAACACUGUUCACAAGGAAGGUGUUUGCAUAGACAAGCAUUCUCUCCUACCAUACUACCCUCUAUUAAAGAAACUGGAAGCAUCUAGUUUAAAAGUUGUGGGAGCAGUGUACCUGCUUUCAGGUUUCUGUUUGUUGGGGAAAAGCAUCACUGCCACAAACAUUGAAUAAAAUGUUAAAGGAAAAAAAAGAGUUUUUCUGCAAGGGUUGACAGAAUGCAUCAAGAUCAAUGUUUAUACUUUUAAAAAUAUGUUGCCUCUGUGCAAAUGCCUAUUAGUGGGGGGGGGGGGGGGGUGCCUACCUUUGAAAGAAGAACCAAAGUUCUCAUGGUUUAACAGGUUAACAAAACCAACAAUCUUAUGUCCAAGAGCAGUAUAAUUCCAUUUUCUGUAUAUUCUGUAGUUUUAAUGGGAACCUAACAGGGUGCCGUCAAUAUCUUAAACAUGUAGAUUUUUUCCUAUUCAUGAUGGUUGAAUUAUUGAGUAAUAAUUCACUAUCAUUCCAGUGUUUCUUAGUUAUGUGAAAUAACUGUGUUUUAAGAACUUCUGAGUUUUCUGCAGAAGACUUAAAUUCAUUCUUCGAAUUAUAAUAUAAUGAUAAUGUUUUAUUAUUCUGAAAAUUAAAUUGGAAGAGUGACCAUUAACCAAAGAUAUUUCCAAUUACAUAGUUUCCCAUUUCUUAAUCCUCUUUCCUUUCAAACGUUUAGACUAACAUCUCAAACACUUACAAGUAAUUCAAGUAGACUAGACAUAUUAGUCUCUUGAAGCAAGAACCCAACAAGAGUCUGUGAUUAUUUAUAGACUAGCAAAAUGUUAAUUUCAGCAUAUGCUAUUGUGGAUUAGAGCCCAACUCUUCAGUUGCAAUAAAUGUAGACUCUUAUUCAGUUAAUGAACUCUCACUAUAUAGAUGUAAAACAUCUACAUGAUGAGGACCAAGUUAUUGUAUCUGAAGAAGUAAGAUGUUGUCCAUAAGAGUUUUUGCUGAAAUAUAAUUUUGUUAGUUUUGAAGUUGCUGCAAUAAUAUAACUUGCAUGACACUUAAAAUGUAUCACUGACUGUAAUAUUUGUUCUGCUAUUAUAAGGUUUCAGUCCACCAAGGUCAUUCCUUUUGCAAACUCUAAUCCAUACAUUCCAUAUAACCUAUUUGCUUCAUUUUAAAAUGAUGCAGGAAAAAACCCUGGUGCAUUUUGUCCUAAUGCUUCAGUUUGUACCAUAUUAUAAUGGAGUUUGCAGAGAAGUGGCUUUUUUAAAAUAUUUGAGAGUUACUAUUUUUUUCAUUUCAGAUUUAAAAUGUAAACUUUCAAUAAUUUUAAAAUAUACUUUUAAACUUCAUAGUUCUGAGGCAUAUUUAUUAUUUGGAAAUGCUGGAUAUUUUUUAGGUCUGAUCAUGGCUAAAGAUUUUGUGUUUGUUUAGAGAUCGUGGUACAGACUAGGAUUUGGCUUAGUUCCAGCCAUGCAGACACACAUGCACACACAAAUUUACCCAGAGUUAAACUUUGUUGGUCUUAAAGAUGCCACUGGACUCAAACUUUGUUUCUUUCAACAUUCCUGUUAACACUAGUGAAACCCACUGAGGCACUUACGAUUAUGCCUGGAAAGGGACUUUGGUUGAGGCCUCUUAGCAGACUUGGCAUAUCUGGUGACGUUCAAGUGCCUCUGCAGUAUCUGACCAAAUUGUGGCUGUGCUGAGGCAGUACUGUAUAGGAAGAAAUUUGAGUUACUGCUCCAGUAGUCAAAGAACAGGUGAUCUUCCAGGAUCUACUGGAAUCAGUUCCACUUCAUAGAGAGGGAUUUUUACUUUUACAAAAAAUUUGAAUGUUUGUAGCAUGGGGAAAUUUUAAUUGAAUGGUUGAGAGAGCUAUGUUAUCAGAUCAAGACCAAAAUAUUUUCAUAUUAAAACCUGUAAGUGUAUUUUAGAGGAGGUGGAGAAAAGUAACUGAGAUGCACUUUGCAAGUUGUGUGUGUUCCUUCUUUAGGCAUUCCACCAGGUCUUAAUGAUGGCCUUAAUUGAUCUAAUCUUUACUAUCAGUUGCCCCCUUUUUUAGUUUUAAGUUUUUAUCUUCCCAUUUGUGAUAUUCUGUGACUGCAUCAGGAAUUUGUAUUGCAAACAUUUCAUAAUUUGAAUGUGCACUGGAUAUUUGAAUUAAUUUUUUUCUGACCAUGCUUUAGCAAAGUAAUGUGACUAAAAUGGCACUGAAUACAUGAGGAGAGACAUCCUUCAGCGACCUUUCCUAAUACCAAUCAUUGAUUAAAGGGAAGAUACUAAUUUCUUUAAAGGAGGCAAGCUGGAGUCUCCUAGAUAAAAUUGUAUGUGAAGUCAGUUUUGAUACCUGAGAAGGAAUGAGUGGUCGUGGUCUUCUGCAUGACAUGGUUCAAGACAGAAGUUGGUAAAGUAUAGCCCACUGCUUGCAUUCUACAUACUGUGAGGACCUUUUUUGGGGGGGAGAGGGGAAUCUCCUCUCCCAUAACUGGCUCAAGAUGAGUCGCUUAAUGGUAGUAAAGCAUCAAGCUAUGGCUAGGAGGAAGAGGCCUUGGUAAACUGACCCCGAUCCUUGGGUUGUGUGUUCUGUUUAAGGAUUUUGGGAGGAAGAGUGGUUUACCUUGAGCUCCCCCACAACCCUUUUCAGUGAUUCUUAUUUAGGGCACUGUUAUCACUAAUAACAUGUAAUAAUGUACUGAAAAUUAAAUAUAAAAUACCUUCUGAGAUUAAUCAGAUUGUCUGGAGCUAGUAAACCUGAGAUCAGUGUUAUGAAGAAAAGUCAUCUUUGAACAAAAAUUGUUCAGAAAGAGUUUUCCCUAUAAAGGGGGUACACUUUAGCAGCCUAGGCUGAAAACAAUUGUUCAUUUUUAAUUGCACAUGUUUUGCUUGCAAACUGUGAUUAUAAAUGUGAAAGUCCUUUAAGAAUGCACUGUAAUCCUCCCAGAGGAACAUGAGGCACUGAAGAGUCAUAGGAGCAAAAAGUAGCUGGAAAAAGACACAUCGCAUUACUGACCACAGGAGACUUACUUCCAAAGUUUUAUACUAGAGACAAAGAUCAUUGUAUUUUCCUGUAACUGAACUUCUUGGUUUUUAAAAACAAAAUAUGACAAAUUAGUGUUUUCAAACUACCAUACAUAAAUUAUGUUAACUUGAGUUUUAUUUGAAAUAAAAGUUUUAAAUGUGAAAA